AUGACUAGUACUAGUAGCACCACUUCUUUGUAUCCUACACAACAACAGCCGCUACAGCCAUUAGGAAGCAAUUAUCAGAUCGAACCAACGGCGUCAAACGCUAAUCUAGUCGCAGCACCAAACGCUCCAAACCAUUACUCCUCUGGCUCCAUCGGACCCUUCUUCGCAGUCAUCUCUGUUGUUGUCCUUCUUGCUAUUCUCUCUUGCUUCUUGGGACGUCUAUGCGCAAGGCGACGUCUGAGAAUGGUUUCAGAGGCUGAAUCCAAUCCGUUGGACAUGAUAAAAGGUGGCGGGCUUUUAGGGUGGCUAAGACGGAAAUGGAGAAGGUGUUUAGCCGGAGACGUCGAAGCCGGAGCUAAAGUUGCUGACUGCGCCGGCAAAGAAACACCUAAAGAUGGUGAUCAGACUCGUCUAGAAACUCCUCCGGCUUGA